AUGCUUGAGAAGUACAAGUACACUGAGAAAGUGAGCAAGACAGUGCUCCGGAGCAGAAGAAAGUCCGGCGAAUUACCUCCCUUGCCAAAACUCGCCGAUCUGAACCCGUCGCUCCAGCCAGAUCUGAGUGUGGUGUUCAUCGGCUACAAUCCCUCGAUCCGGUCGUCCUCUGCGCAGCACCACUAUGCGCACCCGACGAACUUGUUCUGGAAGCUGUUCAACGAGUCGCAGAUACUGCGUGUGGCGACUGACGGCAAAUAUGCGCAUCCGUGCUCGGCCCAAGACGACUGGGGUCUGGUGAAAUAUGGCAUUGGGUUCACGGAUCUUGUUUUGCGGCCGACACAGAACGCCAGCCAGCUAACCAAACAGGAGAUCAAGGAAAACGUUCCCCGACUGUGUGCAGAAUUAAAAGAGUACCGGCCAAUGGUGGCCUGUUUUGUUGGCAAGGGGAUUUGGGAGCACGUUCUGAAAAACAUUGGUCAGGUCCAAGCGCUGAAGGAGUUCCGGUGGGGGAGACAGGAGAUCCAACUGGAGGGCUGUGAUGUGUUUGUGAUUCCCAGCACCUCGGGGCUCGUGUCUCUGAGCUACCAAGAGAAACUCAAGUGGUGGCUCCAGCUGAGAGAUUAUCUUUCUGGUGUGAGGAGUGCACGCUUGCAAGAAAGGGAUUGCUCAAAUGUUAUGGUUAACAGACAAUUUUCCAGCGCGGGUGAAGAUGUUCCGAAAAUGAAAGAGAUCGCUGCUUCUGAUAUUGAGCGAUUAGUCGACCUGCUCGACGAGCUAUACGAAAAGAAAAGUGCGGGGGAGCGGGUGAUUGUGGCGGUUUGUGGGUCGCCUGGAAGUGGCAAGACGUCUGUUACCAACAUCAUUAUUGACCGCUUCAAUUCACGGCACGGCCGGCCAAUUGGGCUGGUGGUUCCGCAGGACGGGUUCCACUACUCGAUGAAGGAGCUGAUGGGGAUGGACGACCCGCAAUUGAUGGUGGCUCGCCGAGGGGCAGAGUUUACCUUUGAUGCGCAGAAGCUGGUUGAGCUUGUGCGGCGGAUCAAGGCUCAUCCUAGCGAGAUGAUCUACGCGCCCAGUUUUGACCACAAGCUGAAAGACCCGGUGAACGACGCCAUUAAGAUCUCUCCGGAAAAAAAGGUGAUUUUGGUGGAAGGAAACUACGUUUGUUUGGAAAAAGAGCCGUGGAACGUGAUCAGUAAGCUCGUGGACACGCGAUGGAUGGUGGCAGCGAAUCUGGACCAAAUCAGAGAGCGCAUUAUUAAACGGCAUCUGGAGGCAGGAAUCAGCAGCACCAGAGAGGAGGCAGAGGCUCGAACAGACCACAACGACAUGGUGAACGGAGAGUACAUUCGCAACAACUCGUGCGACGUGGACCUGAUCAUUCGCAACGACUAG